CUGUGCCAUUAUAUUAUAAACGGUAUCAAAGUUGGUAUUUAAACUACAUCCGUAUCUAAUAUCAUGCAACCAUGUAUUUUGCUAUGGGCAGAAUAGUUCAUGAAAACUUGACUCCAAUCAAGGCCACAAAAUAAUUGAAGCCUUUUUGCUAUGUGGGCCUUAUCCAAUUACACAACCACCUUUUCUUAGCCACAAAAUUCCCACAUCAUUCAACAAACACUAGCAAUAGUAGUGACAAACUAAUUUCUGAUCUUUUACUCUAUCCUUUCCCUAACGCCAUUACUCUUAACACUCUCACCUUCUUCAAUGGCUACCACAUCCACCACCACCUCCCUCUUUUACUCCAAAUCUCCCAUCAAACCCUCUAUUACUCCUUUAACUCCUACCGUCGUCCCUUUUCUAACCACCCGAACUCGUCGCCUUCGGCUCACUCCAAUGAUGGUCACAGGAACAGACUUCCUAGGCGAUUUCGGAGCCAGGGACCCUUUCCCAGCUGAACUAGAGAGCAACUUCGGUGAAAAAGUCCUAGGAAACGUGAGCACAGAACAUAAGAUUCUCAUCCCACAAACUAAAGCUCUCGCUCUUUCGGAACAGCCUUGUAUUCCUAUAUCUCCUACUGAUGCUCCAAUGUCUAUGGAUGAUGCUAAGCAGCUCCUCUUGAAGGUCGUCGGAUGGCGAUUACUCGAAGACGUAACCGAAGAUGGUAAGGUUGUGUUGAAAUUGAAGUGUUUGUGGAAGUUGAAGGAUGUUGAAGCAGGAGUUGAGUUGAAAGAUAGGAUUACUAAGGUUGUUGAAAGUGCUGGAACUGGAAAUUUCCCUGUUUUUCAUCAGGAGGAUAAUAAUCAGAUGACUGCUGUUUUGUGGACUGAGCAAAUUGGUGGGUUGAGUGUUAAUGAUUUUAUUGUUGCUGCUAAAAUUGACAAGGUUAAGAUUUCUGAUCUUCUUCCUAAGAAGAGAUUUUGGGCUUAGUAUUUUUUGUUCUUGAAAGAUGUAAUAGAAAUUGGUUGAAUUAAUUCAAUUGGUUUCAUUAUCCCUGUUUUGCAACGAUACAUAGAGGGUUGAUCUUCACUUUUUUUUACCCAAAAAAUCUUAUCUCUAUGGUAAGACGGAAUUCUUUAUUUUUG